AUGGCUAAAUUCUGGAAGGUCCAGCCCAUUUUGCCAAUUCCUGAAACAAAAACUCAAUAUCGAGUGGCGAGUGACAACUUAGGGUUUCAAGCUUCAGUCCUUUCGGCUUCUCUUUACUCUGGGUUUGCUCAUCGUUCUUCCCUCACCUCAAGCGCUGUUCUCGCAGGAUCUUUGCUGUCAAGUCCCUUGGCCCGCACGCCGUUGCUAAGUUAUCUAGACCAUUGUCCUAGUAUUGUUGUUGAUGUGGAUCUUGUGGAGAAGAAGUCACCGGAACUUCACCGGAGAACCACCGCAGCCACAGUGAGUCACCAGAUCUUAGCCACUGUCACCGGAGCAGUCGUUGUCCAUCGGCGAGGCUCUUAA